AUUAUUUUACAUUACAAAUUACAGCUUUACUCAAAAUGUAUUUGUAAAUUAAAUUGAAUUAUUACGGUUAUAUAUGUUGACUCCUAAUACAUUAUGUUACAUGCAUAACGUAUAGGAGUACAUACUAUGUCUUAUUAUUCUGUGUGAAAUGAUAUCACGUUGAAAUCUGUCAUUGUAGUUCACCAAAAGCAUGGGUUCGAUGCGACCGACUGGGAGAUUUCUCUCAUUUACCAACAAUAUACAGAGAACACAAAAACAAACAGUGCCAAGUGGCUUUCCGCAAAGUCUGUCAGGCAGUGAAACAGAUGUAUCAACAUCAAAUGAGAACUUGUCACGAGAGGAGCGUUAUGUAGUCCGACACACAGCUCGUGUUGAACCCCAAGGACAAGAGAACCAAAGUCAGACAAAUAACAACAACAGAAACUCACUUAAGGAGAGUGUGCCAGGCAGCAAUCGCAAUUCCUUGAAAGACUCUGUGGGGGGUGGGAACAGCAACAGAAGUUCCUUGGAUGUUUCCUCGUCAUCAUACAACACGCUUAUUAUCCACAAUCAAGAUGACUCGUGGCCGCCGAGACCAACGCCUAUCAGAGAACAUGAGCGAACCAGUAGCGAAGUGAAGCAUCCAGCUACACAGUCUUCUCCAUACCACACAUUGAAGAAGAGUGAAGUUAGCAAGAAACCAAGUGGAAUACCAUUGCCUAAAGUACAUAAAGAGCAGUCAGUUACAACAACAGCGAAUUAUAUCGACAUCGGAGGCCAGAGAAUCUAUACCAGCCCUCCUGAUCAUGGAGUUCAGGAAAUAACAGAAAUUCCCGAUGACUUUCUCAAUCAGUCGUCUGUUUUGAAGCAUCUUGCUAAAGAGGUGACCCAGUCUCCUAGCCCACGUGGUCGCACCCCGCCACCAUCCCCUCGUGCACCCAUUCCUAGGGAUGAUUCCAGAAAGUUGAAGAACAAAGGCUCCAAAACUAAACUUAGCAAAGAGAAACUGAAUUUGUCAAGAUCACAACCCGAUUUAACGAGCGUGGGGGUUCGCGCGGUGCCUGGCGGGUCUGAGUCGAGCGGCUGGUGCAGCGGCGGGGAGGCCGAGCUGGAGGAGGCGGAGGAUGCGUUCACGGCCGUGCUGGACGCGCUCGCCGCAGAGAACCACCAGCUCAAGCGGCAGCUCGUAGACGCCUGCGAGCGCGUCGCCAAGACCACCAAGCUAGAAGAAGAGGUUGAAAAAGUGCGCACCGCCCACGAGGACCUGGUGGGCUCGUGUGAGCGCCGGGAGCGGCUGGAGCGGACGGCUCGGGUGCGGCUACAAGCAGACUGUCGCCGUCUGCAGGAACUCAACAGAGCACUCAAACAACAGGUGGACUUUUUGUCGCAAGGAGUACGCACCGAGUCUGACACUAGCGCCGAGGCCCUCCGCAAAGAACUACAGAACAGAGAAAUGCUCAUUGCUCAACUCAUCACACAGAAUAAAGAGCUCGCUUGCGCCAAAGAACGCCAAGAGAUCGAAAUGGCGGCCCAGCGCGCCACGCUGCAAGAGCAACGCACUCACAUUGAUAUUUUGGACACGGCGCUUACUAACGCACAGGCGAACGUCGUCAGGCUCGAAGAAGAGUGUCGCCAUGCAAGUGGCUACGUGGAGCGCGUGAUGGGUCUACAGAGGGCGCUGGCGUCGCUGCAACAAGCUUCCGACAGGCGGGAACAUACCGAGAGGAAACUUCGUGCACAGUUAGAGAAGGAGUUGCAAACCUUAAGGAAGCGGGAAUGCACAUGUGGCGUUAGCGGGGCCGGUGGCGGCGAGGCUGAGCUACGGCGGCUGGUGCGCGAGAGAGACGAACGGCUGCUGGCGCUCGAAGGAGAAUGCGCCAAGUGGGAACAACGGUAUCUCGAGGAAGCGGCACUUCGCCAGGCCGCUGUCUCCGCAGCCUCCAUACCCAAAGAUGCAAAAAUUGCGGCUUUGGAAAAGACGUCUGCGGAAUCCGAACGAUUGAUGGCGGAGGCUCGCAACGAGAAGAUAAGACACAUGGACGAGUUACACUCCGCACAAAAGAAGGUCGCUGAUUUGGAAAGCAGAGUGAAGGAGCUGGAGUCGAAGGUAGCAGAACGUGACGCUAUGAUAAAAGUGCUGCAGAAACAUACCAGCGCGGCCUACGACAGCGGUGCUUCACUAAGGAACAACUCCAGCCGGGAAGAACUGGUGGGCCUGUCGUCGGGCGCGUCGUUCUCGAGCGCGGAAGGAGUGAGCGGUGUGAGCGGAGUGAGCGGCGUGAGCGCUGUGAGCGGAGUGAGCGGUGUGAGCGGCGGCAGCGUGGCGGGCCGCUACAGACAUCUCGCGCGCCGCAACUACUCGCCGCACAACGACAACUCCAGCGGUUGCGGAUUCGAUAGUACGUCUCUGCGUCUGGACGAGCAGCUGGCGGCGUUGGAGCGGCCGUCCGUGCCAGCACGUGGUUUCUGUUGCUUCCCCGGACUGAGUACGGUGAGUGCCCGCGGUGGCGGUCGCGGAGAAGAGGCGUUACUUCUUGAGCGUCAGGGUCGAGCGUCCCAACAGACCAGGUCCUCCAGUCUGCCACCACCGCCGUCAGCUCUGCCGCGCCCGCCGAGGAAACCGUCUGCGAGGAACACCAGAUACGACAGAUUGGACCAUAGAGAUACUAGGAAGGACUCUGAUGGAUCUGGUUCCAUAGCAUCGAGCGCGUCUCGUAGUUCGCCUCUACCAUACGAUACAGUUCGAAAAUUACCAUCUGUCCCGACCUCCGCAUCCUUACCGGCGGCCGAGUCGAGAGAAUCUCUCGUCCGCCCUCGUGAUUCUAGUCUACCGUCACCGUCUAAGUUGGCUGUAUACGCGGCGGCAAGACGACGGUCGGCCGAAUCUGGGAAAGAUAAUAAACGAACACAUCAUUAUCGGAUUCAAUUUUAAAUUCGGAAAGAAAAUGACUUUAAAUUCGGAAAAAUUUUGAAAAACAAACAUGCUUCCUAUUUUGAAAAUGCAUUCGUUACUUUACGAGGAAUUCGAAAUUCGAGUUUUAUGUCUAUUAUAGGCAUAGACACAGUUAUGAAAAUCUAUACGAUGCGGUUGUGACAAAUUAACAAGAAUAGCUUAAAUAAAUAAUAAUUUUAGUCACCUACUUUUUUAAUGUAGGUGUUUCUUACGAAGUACGUUAUUAUACUUUGUAAUUAAAAUAAGUAUAUACCUACUAAAAUAAAUAAUGCUUACAUAUUUAAAUAUUUUACCGCACAUCAACUCGGAUAUAAUACAUGCUUUGCGUAACUAAAAAAUAUAUAUCCAAGACCUCAAAAGUAUACAGAAGUAACGUAAUAUCAACAAAUAUAGUAAUUAAGAAGUAAUAAGUUAUUUAAUUAAUUAUUUCUAGUCAUCUUAAGAUGCCAUGCUAUACUGAAAUUAAAUUAUUUGUAACGGUAAUUGAAAGUACUAUGAUGGUUAGUUUCCUCUAUUAUGUAUGUUCACGGCACAUAGGGAACAAAUGUGACUAAUAAACACGAAUCAUUCGCACUAUACUAACUCAAUACUGAUCUCAAUCAAAUCUACCUUUGAGUCAGUUUUACUUACGACAAUACGAGAGUAAAACAUGCGUAAUUAUCUUAACAUAAAGUAUGCGAAGAAACAAUAAGUUACAACUUACAAGAAUGUUUAUAGAACAAAUUUGUGUUAUAUGACGUAAGGUAAAUAAUACAGGUGUAAAGUUGGUCUGAGUUAUAACAGUAGCCUUUAUCGACCCCGACAAUUGAACUUACUCAACAUAAAAAAACAUAAAUGUGGUACUGCCAUUCAUGAAACUAAUUUAGCAUGUCUAUAUUGCCGAAUUAUAGGGACAAUCAUUGAGCAAAUAAUCACUAUGAUUUGGGAGAGCAAGGGAAUAGAUAAUAAAAUGUAAGAGCAUUUACUCGCGUAUAAAUUGAAUGUAACACACUUAAAUAAUUAUUAAGUAAGCAAUUAAAUAAUUGCGUAAUUAAUUAUGUAAUUUAAAAUAAAUGUGAGUAAGCUUUUUUGUUAUACAGCGAUGAGCUGACUCGUCGUGGGCGUCGGGCUCUAGUACUAUGUCAAGAGUGAACGGCGUUUAUUUUUCAUUCGAUAUAGCAAAUAUUUCUAUUUAAUGUACGGACGUGGUAUUUGUUCAAGAUUUAUUUAUAUAGACUUUAUGUGACUCAGAUCAUACAACAUAGCUUCUAUCUUGACGACCGUUGCAUCAAUUUCGAAAAGAAAUUGUUCGUAUUACGGUGGUAUCGGGUAUAUUGGUAAUUUGUCUGGUUGUCUCCUUUUUUAAUAUAGGUACUUAUAUAAUAAUAAAUAUUUUUUACGGUACUACUAAGGUGACAAUCAGGCAUAAUUUAUUUGAUAACAGCGAUGAAAUAAACGGAGCAAUGGGUAGGCAUCAAAAAGUUAUUGCAUAGAAAGAAGCAUUAUUUUUAUCUAGGCUCAUCUGUAUACUUGUUUUUUUUUUUGGAAUAUACUAAGCGAUGUAAUUUAGUUACGAUUUAUUAAAGUUAUUCAUAACAGUAUGGACAUUUUUUUCACUGGCAAUACGAUUCCAAACGCGCAUGUAUAUUUUAAUAUAAAUACGUCUUUAUCUUUAAGUAGUACCCCACGUACUUAGCAAAUUAGGUACGUAUUUUAACGUCCUUGACGUGUGACCAACGUAUAAUGGUGAUUAAAAAUCAAGUCAUUCAGACUACAUCAAAAAUAUCUAUAACGCUAAUUUGAUAUGUCGGAUAGUAUAACCGACAUAUCAAAUUUAUAUUUUAAUUGUCUUUGUAUUAUGUAUAUCUCAUCCAAUAUACAAAAGUGCUUUCCCUGAAGUCAUUACAUUGUUGUUGGUUAUUCAUCUUCAUCAUUAAUUUUUAAUGUACAAUUUUUUUUUCUUGGAAUAUGUCGUAUUAAUAUUUUUACAUCGACCUAUUAGUUGCCUAAGAGCGUCUUCAUAAUGUUCGUGCAAAAAUACAUUAAAGACUCUGAUUAUUACAUAAUAUCUAAAUAUUAUUAUUUAGAAUAAUUAUGUGGACAGGUCCUUUAAAGGUCAUUGUACGUAGGCGUAGUAUCUACAUAUAAUAAUUAUAUAUAGUUACGUACCAACAGAAAAUGAAACUGUAUAACAAUCGAUACUAAAAAUGAAUGUACAGAUGUGAAAGAAGUUUUGAGAUGGAUUGACACGCCUGGAUCUUCAUAAUCUUUGAUGAUCAGGGCUGUACUUUGUGGAGUAACAUGAGAAAUAUCUAUGUUCACACGUGGACGAUAUCAUUCGUAUUAUCAAUAACAUUUCUCUAUGGCAUACGGAUAUUUACAUAAACUUAGCGGUCCAUACUUACUUUGUGACCGCUCGUGGACAUACAAAAAUGUUGAGCUUUAACAGUCAGAUGUGCCCAGCCCGUAUAUUCGAAAUACAAUGAAAAAUUAAUAUGAGUUUAGUAACCCAAGUAUAUAAAAUUUUCUUUAGUAACUAAUGUAAAUAUAUAAACGAAACUUAAAAGGAAUUGUUUCAAUUUUAUGUUCGAUUAUCUGUGGGAUGCUGACUGACAUCACACCAUUGUGAAUAUUAUGACAAAAAAGGCAUCAAGGUGCGUCGAACUUUAAUGUAAUGAUAAGUAAUGAUAGCUACUUAAAUUUUGACCGUCAUACUCGUGCACGGGUUAUGGUACUAUAAGUUAGUCUGUUCAUGUAUCUAAACUUAUAUAGGUAUAUAUAUACAUAUAUGUGUGGACAUAUAUAGUGUCAACAUAAAUCACAGAUUGUUACGUAUUCGAACAUCUAUUUCCUAAUUAGUUUUAAUGAACGAUUGUAUAUAACUGUGUCUCAAUUAAUUAGUACGCAGCCUACUUUAUUUAAUUUACUGUUUGUAAUGUAAUCAGCAUAAAUUUAUGUAGAUUUAAUAGGCACUUGUUUUGUAUAAUACCAAGUAGGUAAUCCAAACCCGUGACAUAAUUACAAUCCCGUAAUGUCCCAGGACUAAUUACGUAAAUCCCGCAUUUAGCGGAAUUUGCAAGAUUGCAAAAAAUAAAAAAAAAAAUUACUCUAAGCGAUUACGUCGAUAU